AAUUAGUUAGUUCUUUUUUUUUUAUAACGACUAGUUAGUUCAUUUUAACAAAACAAAACAAAACAUAUAAAAAUUUGCAAAAUGUAAGAGAAAAGGGGAAAGAAACAACGGGUUUCCGGGAAGAAACGACAAAGAAGAAAAAUACCAUUGGUGCCGACGUGACAAAACAAUAGCCGUUGGAUCAUAAACGAUCAACGAUAAGAGAUUAAUGUUCUAGCGGGUGUGGCAAUUUUGAAGUGACUAGUGAGAGGUGUAAAACAAAAAUAAAGAAAAAAGAUGUUUUGCAAAAUCUAGAAAACAAAGGAAAAGAGAGGAGGAGACAGAGAAUUAAAUUAGAGGAGCAGAGUGGAGAGAGAGAUAUUAAGGUUAUGGCGGCGUUGCAGAGCGCGAGAAAGGCCAUGAAACCCUCUCUCUGAUCUCUCUCUUUCUUCCCCUUCUUCUUUCUCUCUGUGUGUUUCUUAAAUACUCUCUCUUCUCUCGUACCGACAAACGAGCUUGCCUUUUUACCACACCCUUAAAAGCUGUACUCAACUUCAAUUUCAAUAACACUACAAACCCGGAGAGAAUGAACUCUCUACCUAAACCCUAGAUUUCCUCUCUCCCCUAUAGUCUCAAAGAUCUAAGCGAGAAAGUUAAAAAGAUCUAGAGCGAGAGUCUUUUUGUUUCAUUUUUUUUCUUCUAAAUAUCUGAUUGGAGAGCGGUGGUAUGGGUAGUGGUUGUGGUGGUGUUGCCGGUGAAUGGCGGGUUUUUUCUCGUUAGACGGUGGAGGAGGCAGAGGCGGAGGAGGAAACGGUCAAGAAGAACACAGGACCAACACGAAUCCUCCUCCGCCUGUAUCUGAGUCUUGGCUUUGGUACAGAAACCCUAACGUCAACGCAAACGCAAACGCAAACGCGAACGCUCCUUCCUCUUCAAACGCUGCUGCUUUAGGCACACUUGAGCUAUGGCAAAACCACAACCAGCAAGAAAUCAUGUUCCAGCAUCAACAGCAUCAGCAAAGGUUGGAUCUAUACUCCUCCGCCGCUGGUUUAGGAGUAGGACCAAGCAGCCAUAGCCAAUUCAAUAUCUCCGGCGAAACUUCAAACGCCGGCGCCGGAGUAACGGCUGCGGCGGCACUCAUGAUGAUGCGAAGCGGCGGAGGAGGAGGAACCGGUGUGAGCUGUCAAGACUGUGGGAAUCAGGCCAAGAAAGACUGCGCUCACGUUAGGUGUCGAACUUGCUGCAAGAGCCGUGGCUUCCAGUGUCCUACUCACGUGAGGAGCACGUGGGUUCCUGCCGCCAAACGCCGUGAGAGACAACAGCAGUUAGGCACGGUUCAGCCUCAAACGCACCUGCCACGCGGUGAUAGCGGCGUACCGAAACGCCUACGGGAAAAUUUACCGGCAGCUUCGUCGUCUCUUGUCUGCACUCGCGUACCUACUCAUCACAACGCUUCAGGUUUGGAGGUUGGAGAUUUCCCAGCGGAGGUGAGCUCACCGGCAGUGUUUAGAUGUGUGCGAGUGAGCUCAGUGGAAGACGGAGAAGAAGAGUUUGCUUACCAAACAGCCGUAAGCAUCGGUGGUCACGUUUUUAAAGGCAUUCUCUACGACAACGGUCCUGGAAGUAUUGGUGGCGUUGGCUACAACGUUGGUGAGAGCUCUUCUGGUGGCGGAGGAGCUCAGCAGAUGAAUCUCAUAACAGCUGGAUCUGUGACGGUUGCAACCGCUUCUUCCUCCACUCCAAACGCCGGUGCUAUUGGCGGCUCCUCCGCGGCUUACACUGAUCCAGCCGCUCUUUAUCCAACUCCGAUCAACACUUUCAUGGCUGGUACACAAUUCUUUCCCAACCCAAGAUCAUGAUGGAAAUCUGACAUAAUGCAACGUAACUCUAUUUAAUUCUUAGAAUGAUAUUAGGGUUUUAAAACCGUUAAUUGUCUGUUUAUGCUUCUUCUGGACACUCAAAGUUGUUGCAGUUUUAGGGUUUUUAAAACGGAAAUUUAAUUCAAAUAAUAUGAUCUUCGUAUUGUAAUGAUUUUGUGAGGAUAAUGUCAUUAAAAUGAUGGGAGCACAAUAUAGCCCUUGUUGUCUGAAUCUUUGUUUCAUUAA